UGGUAACGCAUGUAUUUGAGAUUCUCGAAUAUCGAAUGCCUUCAAAGUUCUUUGUCUCAAUCUGUGAGACCUGCCUCGUCGCUGACACGUGUUGGAUAUUUAUGAGAUCAAUGAACCUCUUUUGUCUCUAAUGAAUGAUCCCUGCAACAUUGAUCACGAUAAAUUCCACGUUAUGUAAUCUCGGAUCAACCCACACGUGGAUAGCGCCGAAACAACACAUGGCUCUACAGCUCCAACACCAGCGAAAUCAUCACCAGAUAUCGCACUCACACCAGCCAGCCAGUUCAAACAGCCUGGCUGCUGCAUCGCCAUGCCGUCGGCAUCUCGUCAAAAUGCCUCUCCCAUUCCGCACAUCCACGCCCUCUGCAUGGAAGAUGAAUACAGCACCGCCCUCCAGGCCGCCGUCGAAGCUCACAGCCUCUCCUCCGUCUCAAUCACCUACCACAACUGCGCCCUCUCCUUUGUAGAGGCCGAGUUCGAUCUCAUCGUGUCUCCCGCAAACUCAUACGGCCGACUGGACGGAGGCUUCGACGAUGCCAUCUCGCGCUCAUUCUCUCCUCGCGACGACUAUCUCGCCCUCACAAGAGCUGCCCAGGCAAAGCUGUACGACGAAUGGCGCGGCUUCGCUCCUCCGGGAACCUGCACGCUGCUUCGCAUCCCCGACGACUUCCACGCCCGCUCACGGAACACCUGGAAUACCAAAUAUCUGGCACUGUGCCCGACAAUGCGAGUCCCGCAGAACGUCAACUGGGAUCAUGAGGUUAUCUACGAGUGCACGUGGAGCUUGCUCUGUGCGAUAGAUAAGCACAACCGGGCAGUUCGUGAGGGCAGACUGAGUGGGAGACAUGACGAGAUCCGCAGCCUUCUCAUGGUUCCUAUGGCUACGGGCGUGGGAGCUGUGAGUCCCGAGAGAUGGGCGAAUCAGACAGUUCUUGCUUUCGAGCACUAUGUUGAUGCGAUGGAAAACGAGUCCAAAUGGAGCUCGCUGGAACCUGGCGAUAUUAUCGAAUAUGCACAUGAAGUUGAGCAGACGUGGGAGCUCUAGAGCGGCUGCUGCUGUCUAUCAUCCAUUGGAAGACGUAUAUGCUUCGGUUCGUGUCGCGUCGUAUCGUAUAUGGCCUGCGGUGACAUGAGAAAAGAAGCCAUGUACUGAUUUGACCAUGUCUAUGACGGGUUCCAUCGCUUGAAUAGGCCUGCUGAGCAGCUCCCUAGCGGUUGAGCUCACCUAGGUCGGCAUUGAGAUUUGUGCAAACUUACCUCGUGCAUC